GGCGGCCAGUAGCAACUAAAACCGAGAGUGUCGCCCAUUGCACGCUGGGUAAUAAUACGUCUGCCAUCUUGACUGGCAUGGUCUUUACACUAAAGUGCGUUGACGAUGAGAAAUGGCGAUAAUUAGUGAAAAUAUUAGUGUUGUGUGUUACACUAUCUGUUGAAUAUAAAUAUUUAACGUUUUAUAAAUCAUAAAUAAUAGCGAGUAAAAAUGGACGCGGUUAAGGCAUUUAAUGCGGAGCUGUCCGCACUCUACGAUGUCAAGCCGCCGAUUUCCAAGGCGAAGAUGAACUCUUUGACGAGAGGUGCGAUAAAAGCCAUCAAAUUUUACAAGCAUGUUGUACAGAGUGUAGAGAAAUUUAUCCAGAAAUGCAAGCCGGAGUACAAAGUACCGGGUCUGUACGUGAUAGACUCGAUAGUACGACAGUCUAGACACCAGUUUGGGGUAGAGAAGGAUGUAUUUGCGCCGAGAUUUGCCAAAAAUAUGCAAACGACGUUUUUGAAUUUAUUGAAGUGCCCGCCGGAGGACAAAAGCAAGGUGAUACGUGUAUUAAAUUUAUGGCAGAAGAAUUCAGUAUUUCAACCUGAAGUUAUUCAACCGCUGUUUGAUCUCGCUGAUCCAAAUCAUCCUAUUCACAAAGAGCAGGCGAUUAAUUCAAACGGAGCGUUGAAUGCCACUGGUAAUAAUUUAAGCAACCUUGGUUCUAUUACUAAAACUCCACCGGGUGGUAAAAACCCACCCAAAGACCAAAAAAUGUUUAACACUAAAACUAUUGACCCUGCAUGGUUGGCACAGACUAAAUUAGAGACAGCCAAUAUGGUUAAUGCUAAUAAAUUACUCGGACAGUCGGGUGCUAAUCAAGUUGAUGCCUCAUUUUUAGAUCAACUUCAACAUCUUCAACAAUUGCUAUUGAAGAAACAAGAAGCUUCAAACGAUACCCCGAGUUCUGUUAAAUUUGACAAAAAGCUAUUAGAUUUUGACUACGGCGAAGAGGAAGACGACGAUGUUAUGAUGGCUAGUUCUCCAGCAGCAGCGGUUACUGCUGGUAAUCAGCACAAUGCAGUCACUAGUGGUAAUUUAGAGAGUCUCGGACUAUUGCUGACUAAUCCAGAGGUUUUAAGACAAUUGCAGACGUUGCAGCAGACAAUGCAAGGCAACGUGGCCACAGCUCAGCUUGAGAUGGAAGAAAAGAUGCGCAAACUUCAGCAGAUGAAACAGCAAGAGGAUGAAUUUGAUAAACAUCUUGCUCAGACCGUGCCGAAUCUUCCAUUUGCCUCGGAGUGCGAACUGAAACCUUCUGACGUUAUCAAACCUACUCAACAUAACACUUAUGGUAACGUAUCGAAUUUAAUGCAGCAGGACAUGAGUCAGCCACCGCCAGGUUACCCGCCGGCUUUUGUUUCUCAAUCGACUUCAGCACUGCGACAGCCGAUUCAUCCAAAUCAAAAGAGUCCGCUGAUAGAUGAGCGACAAGACUCCCAGGACUAUCAGUCAGCACCACCGAGACGUGACAGCAGCAGCGUAGAAAUAGUAAAUCUAGACUCUGUGAGGUCUCAGAGCCGAUCGCCGGAUCGUUUUCGACGUCACAGCAGGUCCAGGUCACCUCGUCAUCGCGGCCGAGAUCGGGAGAGAAAAUCACGGUCGAGAAGCCGGUCACGGCGGCAAAGAUCCCGUUCGCGUGAACGUAAGCGCGAAGAGAUUCGGGUUAAAAAUUCAGAGGAGGAGAGAGAAAAAGAACGCGAGCGAAGAAAACGCGGAUUGCCGCCAAUCGAGAGGGAAAAAAUGAGUGUGUGCAGUACGACACUUUGGGUUGGGCAUCUGUCUAAGCUCGUGCAUCAAGAAGAAUUAUCUGAUACCUUCGGCGAACUUGGUGACAUCGUCAGCAUCGACUUAAUUUCACCAAGAGGCUGUGCUUUUAUUUGUAUGAACCGACGACAAGACGCUCAUCGGGCUCUGACUAAACUCAAGAGCCACAAAAUGCAGGGCAAAGCUAUCACUUUAGCCUGGGCACCUGGCAAAGGCGUCAAGGGCAAGGAAUGGAAAGACUACUGGGAAGUUGAACUCGGUGUCAGCUAUAUUCCGUGGAAUAAAUUGAAUAACAUCAGUGAACAUGAGCUGGAGAUGCUUGAAGAAGGCGGGAUGAUUGAUGAGGACACGUUGCCUCCAAGACUGAAAGGUAAACUGAAGCACUCAGGAUCGAAUGAAGGAAUGCAAAGUAUUCAAAUGCCACUCAGCGGCGCUCCAAUUCCAACGUUAACAGAUGGCAUUGUUAAUGUAAUGCCGCCGUCAUCGGGAUCUCAACAACAGCCAAUAAUUGAUACCAGUCAACCCCCACCAAUAAGAGCAACAGCUUCAACUAAUUUGAUGCCACCUACUAGUGCUCAGUUAUCAAUGAUGCCACCGGGAUUCUCUCUGACAGGAGUACCACUCAAUAAUGCAGGUAUGCUUGGACCUCCAAUGGGUUUACAAAUGCCUCACGGGUUGAUGCCGAAUGUACCAAUUGGAGUACCGCCACCAAACAUGCAAGGGCUUUUAGGUCCUCCGGGAAUGAUGCCGUCAAUGCUCACUCCGCCUGUAAACUCACCCUUUGGAGCUGGAGUCGGAGUUGGACUUAUUACUCAAAUACCACUUCCUGCUCCUGCUGCACCCUCAGAUAAAUCAAAUUCGACAGGUAUGCCUCACAAUGUACCGCCGAUGGGUGUACCUCCUCCAACGGGAGAAACAAAUUUACCAAAUCUUCCAAUGCUCCGGCAACCCUUUGGUGUGGGUCCACCACCACCGCCAAUGCAGAUGCCAAUGCAGCCUCAGCAUUCAGAAGAUAUGGACGUUGAAAUGGAAGAUGUCAUGCCUCCAAGUACAAUAAAUCCUCCGAAAGAAAAGCCGAACUUGAGCGACCAGUUGCUGGCAGCUAUGAACAAAGGUCCGAGUAUGAAUGACAGAGCAGAUAGCGACCGAGACUUCCGGGAUCGAGAUAGAGAGAGAGAUCGUGAGAGAAGAGAUCGAGGUGAUCGUGAUAGAGCUGAUAGAGAGGGAAAUGACAGUCGAAGUGAUCGUGGACGAGAUCGUGGUAGAGGAAGAGACAGAGGUCGUGACCGAAGAAGAGAUGGUCGUGAUCGUGACAGAGAUGACAGGCGAGAUCGUGAUCGGGAUAUGAGACCACAUGAUGGUCCAAUGCCGUUACCUGGAUCAGGUGUUGGGCUUCUCCAAGAACCAGACAUGGGUCCAAAGAAAGAUAAAAUGAGUCUUGCUGAUAGAUUACGACAGCUGGCAGACGGCACUUUGCCGAUGGAUGAUAGAAUGGAUCGUGGAAUGCGAGGAGAUCGUAAUGAUCGUAAUAUGGACAACAGAGGUGAUAGACCACCGCCUUUUGAAGAGGUUCCCGGUGGACGUAGACCUGGGGAUGGACCUCCGUCGUUAUUAGAUCUUCCAAAAUUUCCAGGCGUUCCGGGAGAAAGGCCAGAUUUUGGACCACGAGGUCCAGAUUUUCGGGGACCUCAAGAUCAUCGUGACUUUCCACGAGGUGAUCGCGAUCGGCCUGGAUUUGGACCUCGAGGAGGUGGUCCCAGAGGUGGACCGAUAGAAGAGUUUCCCGAUCAUAGAAUGCACGGUGGACGUUUUCCAGAUGAUUUCGAUCGACAUGGGCCCGGUGGUCCGCGAUCCAACGACUUUGACCAUCGUCUAGGCAUGGGAAGAGAUGAAUUUGAUCGUGGUGAGCACCGUGGACGUCAUCCAGUCGAUGAAUACGAACCAGAUAGACAUGACUUUGACAGACGUCAAAGAGACGGUUUUGAUCCUCGAAUGGGCGGAGAUGGAUUUGAUGCACGAGCUCACCCAGAUCAUCCUGACUUUGAUCCGAGAAGAAGGGAUUUCUUUGGACACAUGGAGCCUGGAUUUGGACCACCAAUGGGUCCUCGAGGACCACGAGGUCCAAUGGGACCUGAAGGAUUCGGACCAAGACCAGGAAUGGGGCCCCGAGGUCAUGGUCCUCCGAUAUUCCAUCGAGGAAUGGGACCCAGAGGAAUGAGGCCAGGUAUGCGCCCACCGUUUGGUCCACGAGGUCCAUUUGAUCCCCGAGAAGGUGAGACAUUCUUCCGAGGACCGUUUGAUGACAGUCGUGGUCCGCCACCGUCUUCCCACAUGAGACCACCGCCGUUCGGUGGACCACCAGGACCUCCAGGUCCACCGGGUCCACCUCUACCUGACCCCUGGAGAAAUCCAGACAGCGGACCGCCACCACCACUGCCACCUGUCUGGGCUAACAUGGAAGGUAACAAUGGACACGAACCAGAUGAACACAAUCGUGAAAAUCACGUCAGUCAACGAGACAACAAAGGGCACAUGAAUCGUGACAAGCAUCAAGAUCGUGAUCGUGACAGUAGAAAUUCCAGGAACAGAAAAUCUAGAUGGGGAAAUGCAAGUCCAUUGCCACCAGAACAGCCUGAAAUAACAAGAUCUCAGCAAGAAACUGAUGACAACAAAAAUACCUUCGAAGAAAAUCGAACUGCUGACGAUGCCAAUCCUAAGGGCGCUGACGAACGGCCGGAUGAACCGACGAUAAAAAAUUUAUCUGAAGAAUUCCAGCCUCCUCCGACAAAUGUUGAUGAUACUCACGAAAAUCCCGAAUCGAAUCACGUGCCAGCGACCAAUGAUUCGGAUAAUUUUAAUGAUAAAACCUUUGAAAGACAUGACGCACCUGAGGCUCACGAGUUUAAUCAACCUAAAGAUUUCCCUCGCAAUCUCGAUGAGGAGGAUCACCAUCAGCAGCAACAACAUCAGCCUCCAGUUGAACCACCGCAGGAACCACAGCAUCAAUCAUCAGCCGAAGAUACAAAACCAUCGGAACCCAUGGAGAUUCAAAAUGAGAGUGAUGCGCCAGUGAUAGCAACGGGAGAAACGUUGUAACGAGUUUUUUAAAUACGCUUUUGGGAUGUUGAGAGUGACCAAAGUAAGAGACAAAAAAAAAUAUAUAAAAUUGGAUCUCUCAGACCUGGGAGGGUUAAUUUUUGUAAAUUAUCAUCCGUAACUACGGUGUACAUAAAACAAACAAAUAACGAAUAAGAGCUAAAUUGAUUUUAAUAAUGCACGAAGUGAAUAGAUAAAAAUAAACGAGAAAAUGAUAAAUAUUUAAAUAUGAACAUUUUUAAGUUGAAGUGCUGGUCUUUGGAGUGGUAGGAAAGAAAAUAAUAACAGUGAAUCCAGUGAGUCUCGAUUAGAAAAAUAUUAUAUAUUUUUUUCUCGAUUUCUUUAUUAUUAUUAUUAUUGUUAUUAUUAUUAUUAUUAUUAUUAUUAUUAUUAUUAUUUUUAUUACUAUUUGAAUUAGUUUGAAAUUCAGAAAAAAUUUUUAUACAUAAUUACAAGCGUAAAGUCGUUUGUACUCGAAAGUAUUCAAGAGUAAACACUCAAUUUAAAAUGUAAUUGCUGCUAAACAUUGCUGUCAUAGUGAACACAGGACCUAUAUAUAUAUAUACAUAUAUAACUAAUUUUUGCAUCAAUCAUCAGUACAAAUAGAUAAUAUUUGAUAACUGUCUAUCUCAAUUAGAAGUACUUGAUAUUUAAAUUCAAAAAUUGCCUUUAAUUAUGUGGAAAGACAACAAAUUUAUUGAGCACUUUAUCAACUCUAGUUUUAUUUAUUAUUUUUUUUAAUAUUUUUUUUAUUAAGGAUUUAGUAAAAAAUUUGUACAGUGAAUUUGCAAUCUUAUAUACAGUCAAAAUGGGUACGAUACAGCGACGGUAUUUUACCUAAUAA